AAUUAGUGGGCGAGAUUAAUUGACUUAUAAGUAGAGUACAUAUAUUUUCCAGGACACGUGUUGAAUGCUCAGUCGAGAAGGAACAGUGGAUGUGGGAAGAUGUUCCAAGAGCUGCAGAUAAACAUGAAUACAUCAUUCAAUCUGUUUUUCUGGACCCACCUUCAUUACACCUCAGAUGAAAAUGCUUUGGUUAUUCUUGAUGAGCUCUACAAGAAUUAUACAAAGUUUUGCUCUGAUCAUCAGUUGCCUCUUGCAAGCAAAUCAUCCAUGGGAAAAUCCCUCUGUCGUUUGGGAUUUAAGGACCGUAAGAGGAUUCAGGGAUCCCAUGGAAAAGGUAAAAUUUCUGCCUGCCUAGGUUUGGCUUGGGCUGCGAGUGAUGUAAAUCCUAACUACCACCUCUUGACCCAUAACAUGCCAAAAAGAAAACUAACAUCAAAAACCUCAGAAUGGAAGCAUAAACCAAAAUGGGAAUCAAGAACCCCAGAAACUGAAAGGUGCAUCCCUAAACCAACUCCUAGCAUUGCAGAAUGGGGAACAAUUAUACCAAAACAGGAACCUAGAACCCCCCCCAAAAAAAUUCCCAAGCCAAAUCUAAAGAUCCCAGAAUGGAAACCAAUUAUAAAAAAACAGGCACGAAAAUCCCCCAAAUGGGAAAGUACCUCUGAACCAAAACAAAAUACUUCAAAACAGGUGUGCGUUCCAAAACGACAUACAAAGCCCAUUAAACUGAAAAAGACAACAACCCUUGCAGCAAAAUCAAGAUCUUCAAAACAAAAUCAGUGUAAAAACAAAUUUAAGCUGAAGAUGAAAUUUAGAAAACCAAAGACACCAAGACAGACACUACAAGAGAAUGCGUAUAGAAGGCAAUUACAAGUGAACCUCGGCCAAAGCUCAAAGAGGUACAUAUUUUGUCCUUUCACAAGCAAGAAUGAGGCAGCAACAAUUGUAUCUUCUCUAGGGCUCAGCAUUACAGCUCAUGUGCUUCCAGAAGAAGGAGCUUUCUUUGUUAGGGAGUAAAUCAUUAUAUCAUCACUUCUUACCUACAUGCAACAGACAGACAACAUUUUAUUGAUUUAUAAAAUUAUUUCAUCUUGCAUAAACGCUAACGAGAUAUUUAAAUUUUACUACUGAAGAGGAUUAACUUAUUUUAAAGGAAUUUAAUAUUAUUUUGUUCAUUCUUUGGUAUAAUUAUUGCUGUGCUGUAUAUUUUAUUGUAGUCAAGUGAUUACCUUUAAUGGAAUUAUUAUACAUUAAUUUCUCUAUAUUAUUAUUACAAAUUAAUGUUUUACAGAUUACAGUAAUAAAUUUUUUCAUAGGCAUAGUAGCCUUGUAAUGCAUAUCCAGGAUCUUCCUUAAGCCUAAAUUUCAUUGAUAUUACUACAUACAGGAUAAUCAUUAUAAAUUGAAUGUACAUUUGUGUACAUUCAUAAUCAUCAAUAUAGCAUCUUCCUUCUAGCUGACCAUGCCAUCCUUCUCAGGUAGACAAAUUAUCAGAUUAAUUUAUUAUAGUGCAUUUUUUUUAAAUAUGAAUAAACCUAGCAUCACUGAUUUCUUGAGAAUUGUCACACUGCAUACAAUACACACAUUUACUCCCUCCUUAACAAGGUGCUUCCACCCAGCCUUGUCCUUAACAAUCUAACCCAAGUUGUUCACACUUCCCACUCACCAUGUCCUGGCCUUAUUUCCAACCCUCAAAUUCACUUGUUAUACUAAUAAAGCUGAGUCACUAAAUUGUUUACCUAACAUUGGAUUUACAGGGAAUAAGAGGAAAAAUUUACUACAGUCAUCUUGAAAAUCUCGUCUGUAGGGCAUAAUCGAGUGGAGCAAGACGAUGUAGGCAAUAAUGAACAGGUUUUA